CGGCGUCGGGAGCGGCUCGACUCACUCGAGCUGUCGGGCUUGCGGCGGGCAGCAUAAUGCAGCGAGAUGCAAAUUUCGCGUUUAUGUAUGCCGCGUAUGUAAUGAGGAAGGCCACCUCAAAAGAAUGUGCCCUAAACUUGCCGCAGGAGGCGCGAGUUACACAGAGGGCAAUCAUGUGAACGAAGUAUUGAAUGAUUGGGAUAUCGACGACAGUGUUGAGUUCCAGAUACGCGCAGGUUUUUGAAGACGGGCUGGGGUGCUACACGGGCGAGCCGGUGGGUUUUCGGCUGCGAGAAGGCGCGACGCCCGUGUUCAUGCGCGCGCGCCCCCUGGCGUUCGCGCUGCGCGAGCCGGUCGACCGCGCGCUGGACCAGCUGGUGAGUGACGGCAUCAUCACCCCGGUCGAGUGCUCGGACUGGGCCACGCCAAUUGUACCAGUAGUCAAGUCGGACGGCUCCAUACGUAUCUGUGCUGAUUAUAAACUAACGCUCAACAAAUGGUUAGAAAUAGAUAGGUACCCUCUGCCUAGGAUAGAUGACUUGUUAGUGAAAUUAAAUGGUGGGGACAAAUUUUCAAAAAUUGAUUUAAGUCAGGCUUAUGCGCAAUUUCCGUUGGACGAUACCAAGAAAUUUACGACAAUUAAUACCCAUAAAGGCCUGUUUCAGUACAAUCGCCUGGUAUAUGGCCUCGCUUCAAGCCCUGGUAUCUUUCAACGCAAGCUGGAACAAAUGUUUGCUGACUUACCCACGGUCGGGGUCUACCUUGAUGAUGUGAUCAUAACGGCGAAAAACGACGACGAUCAUUUAAAAAUACUUUGUCAGGUUUUUGACAGAUUACUAAAGUACGGUCUGAAAAUAAAAAAAGAAAAAUGCACUUUUUUUGCGGAUUCGGUCACUUAUUUAGGUUUUGUCAUUUCAAGGGAAGGAGUGUCAGCAUGCUCAAGUAAAGUUGAAGUCAUAAAUAAAAUGUCAAGUCCACAGAAUGUUUCAGAGCUGCGAUCAUUUCUUGGAAUGAUAAUGUAUUACGCAAAAUUUGUUAAAAAUUUAAGCACGAUACUGUCCCCUCUGUAUGAAUUAUUAAAGAAAGAUGUCAGGUUUGUAUGGAGUAAAGCUUGUCAGGCCGCAUUUGAAGAAAUUAAGAGGAAGUUGCAGUCAAGUGAGGUACUGGCGCAUUACUCGAGCGAGCUGCCGCUGGUGCUGACGACGGACGCGAGCAGCACGGGUGUGGCGGCCGUGAUCGCGCACCGCACGCCGGCCGGCGAGCGCCCGGUCGCCUACGCGAGUCGGGUACUGAGCUCCGCCGAGCGACACUACUCGCAGAUCGAGAAAGAGGCGCUGGCGAUUAUAUAUGGUGUUCAAAAAUUUCACCAAUACUUAUAUGGCAGGAAAUUCCUUUUGAAGACUGAUCACAAACCACUGGUAACCAUUUUUGGAGACAAAGCCGGUAUACCUACUAUGGCUGCGAGUCGGUUACAGAGAUGGGCGGUGAUCAUGUCUGGGUAUCAUUUUGAUAUAGAAUAUGUUAGGAGUGAAGAUAAUGGAGCGGACGCAUUGUCGCGAUUGAUUACCGGGUCUGACAGAAAGGUACGAUCGGAGAUAACAUAUCUUAAUUAUGUACAAAACUUUUUACCUAUAACUAGUACUGAUAUUAAAAAAGCAACCAGCAAAGAUCCGAUUUUAGUAAAAGUUAUGAUGUAUAUUGCUUCAGGAUGGCCUGCUUACUGUGAUGAUGAAAACCUUAAACCUUAUCACACUCGUAGAAAUGAGUUGUACAUGGAGGCCGGGUGUAUAUUAUGGGGUUAUAGGAUAAUAGUGCCGUCUGUUUUUCAAAGCAAAAUUUUACAAGAGCUGCAUGUGGGACAUGUGGGCAUGGUGAAGAUGAAGAGCACGGCCCGCAGCUACGUGUGGUGGCCCGGCAUCGACGCGGCCGUGGAGCGCGUGUGCCGCGAGUGCGCCGCGUGCGUGGCCGAGAGCAGCGCGCCGCCCCGGGCGCCUCCCAAGCCGUGGCCGUACAUUACAGAACCAUGGACGCGUCUACAUGUCGACUUUUUAGGCCCUAUCGAGAACGAAUCGUUUUUUGUUAUCGUAGAUUCGACUACAAAAUGGAUCGAAAUUUUCCGAAUGCCAAGAACGACGACGUCAUCGGUCAUUAAAGUUUUGUGUGAAACUUUUUCUAGAUUCGGUUUGCCAAGGUCGAUAGUUUCUGAUAAUGGUCCUCAAUUUUGUAGCGCACAAUAUGAUCAAUUUUUACAAUCAAAUGGAAUUAAAAAAAUACUGACACCGACAUAUCAUCCAGCGUCAAACGGUGCCGCUGAGAACGCCGUUAAGCUUUGUAAGAAGGCAAUCAAGAAGGCAAAGCGAGAGGGGUGGAUAUCGACUUAG